AUGAGUGAGAAAUGGGACUCAAACUCUUCAGAAAACUGGCAUCAUACUUUGAGUGUCAAUGAUACCAGGCAUUAUCUGUACUCAGAUACCAAUAUUACCUAUGUGAACUACUACCUCCACCGUGCUCAAGUGGCAGCGAUCUUCAUUAUUUUCUACUUUCUGAUCUUCUUCCUGUGCAUGGUGGGAAAUACAGUGGUCUGCUUUAUUGUAAUGAGGAACAAACAUAUGCACACAGUCACCAAUCUCUUCAUCUUGAACCUGGCAAUAAGUGAUUUAUUAGUCGGGAUAUUCUGUAUGCCUAUUACCCUUCUGGACAAUAUUAUAGCAGGGUGGCCAUUUGGAAACGCAAUGUGCAAAGUCAGUGGUUUGGUUCAGGGAAUAUCCGUUGCAGCUUCAGUGUUUACUUUGGUUGCAAUAGCAGUGGAUAGGUUCCGGUGUGUUGUCUACCCUUUUAAACCAAAGCUCACUAUCAAGACAGCGUUGGUCAUUAUUGUGAUCAUCUGGGUCCUGGCCAUUGCCAUCAUGUCUCCAUCUGCAGUAAUGUUACAUGUACAAAAAGAAGCAUAUUACCAAAUAAAACUCCAUUCCCUGAAUAAAACCAUGCCAGUCUACUGGUGCCGGGAAGACUGGCCACAUAAGGAAAUGAGAAAGAUCUACACCACGGUGCUAUUUGCUAACAUCUACCUGGCUCCCCUGUUCCUCAUUGUCAUCAUGUACGGAAGGAUUGGAAUUUCACUCUUCAAGGUGACAGUGCCUCAAACAGGCAAGCAGAACCGGGAGCAGUGGCACGUAGUGUCCAAGAAGAAGCAGAAGGUCAUUAAGAUGCUCCUGAUUGUGGCCCUACUUUUUAUUGUUUCCUGGCUGCCCUUGUGGACUCUGAUGAUGCUCUCAGACUACGCCGAACUGUCUGCAAAUGAACUGCAGGUCAUCAACAUCUACAUCUACCCAUUUGCACACUGGCUGGCUUUUUUUAAUAGCAGCAUCAACCCCAUCAUUUAUGGGUUUUUCAAUGAGAAUUUUCGCCGUGGUUUCGAAGAUGCUUUUCAUCUCCAGUUCUGCCAAAAAAGAGCACAGCCCCAGGAAGCCUAUGCCCUCAGGGCUGAAAACAAUGUGGUCAUAAAUACAUCUCAUCAGUUAGCUCAUAAACAUACAAAUCAAAACCCACAUGAGGAAAAUUUGCUUUAG